UACAACCAGGAAACAAACGAGGCGGAAUCGUUAUCGAAACCCCUUCCACGUAGGCUAGGGUACGACCGCGUUAUACAUUGAUGAAGUUCCCGUCUACUUCACAUGCGGCCGGUAUGGCGGCAUGUCACGCUCGAGAGGUGAUCGUGUUGAAGGAGCAGAGGGCGCUUGAACUGAAUGGCAGGCGGGUGGCUGAGCAAGAAGUUGAGUCAUUGAGGGAGCAACAUGCUAUUGAUAUUGAAAACAGACGUAAGGCUGAGCAAGAGAUCGAGAGACUGAAGAUGGCAUUGUCGAGGAUGGAUAUGGAGCGGCAGCAACGCACGCCAGGUACAAACCUUCGCUCGAAGCUCGAUGAGGCGGCGAAAGGAUCAGUGAAGAAGUCUGCUAAAGGUAAAGAACAUGCAAAUCAAGGAGCACAGACCAACAACAAGGAGGCGUUUAUCUUUGAUAAUAGGUGCACGUUAAGAGGUUUGAAGAAAGAUGAGGUGCUGGCUAUUUGUGCCAGAGAAGGGGUGACAUAUACGACAUUGGACCGUGCCAAGGAAGAUAUUGUGAUCAAGAGGGUUGUUUUAGCGUUUGGUGAAUCGGGUCCUGUUGAUGUACCUGAUGACUCUAACAACUCUGCUGACCUCGCGAAGACUGAUGGAGUCGAAACGACCUCUUAGGGUCUAUCCCGAGUGCGGUUCAGUUAUGGAAUU